CACACUUUUCGAUCCUGUCUCUCUUUCACUCAACCAGUCGACCAGUUCACGCCAAAAGCAGUCGCCAUGUCGGAAGGAAAGGACAAGAGCGCCAACCCUAUGCGCGAGCUGCGCAUCCAGAAGCUCGUGCUCAACAUCUCUGUCGGCGAGUCUGGUGACAGACUUACUCGCGCUGCUAAGGUGCUCGAGCAGCUGAGCGGUCAGACUCCGGUCUACAGCAAGGCCCGUUACACCGUCCGUACCUUCGGUAUCCGCCGUAACGAAAAGAUCUCCGUCCACGUCACCGUCCGUGGCCCCAAGGCUGAGGAGAUCCUCGAGCGUGGCCUCAAGGUCAAGGAGUACGAGCUCCGCAAGCGCAACUUCUCCGAGACCGGUAACUUCGGUUUCGGUAUCUCCGAGCACAUCGAUCUUGGUAUCAAGUACGACCCCGGAAUCGGUAUCUACGGCAUGGACUUCUACUGCUGCAUGACCCGCCCCGGUGAGCGUGUUGCCAAGCGCCGCCGCUGCAAGGCCAGAGUCGGCUCCCAGCACCGCAUCAACCAGACCGAGACCAUCAAGUGGUUCAAGAACCGCUUCGACGGUAUCGUCCGGUAAAUGCCUUUCCCUUAGGAAGUCAUCUUGAUUUCUCUCCCUUACGAAAGUCUUCAAUGACGGGAGAAGGGAAAAGGAAGCAAUUCUGAAAGGGCUAUGUGCUUUUAUGACGGAAACGGCACCGAACUCGGGACCGAAAAGAAGAAGAAAAAAAUGGACAGAAAAAAGAGGGCAGGCGUUUUUCUUUCCAACU